GAAGUGGAAAUACUAUUGGGAUUGGGAUAGCUCCUGAAGUUCAAACUUAAAAAAAAAACAACAACACAACAACCAGGUACCAAGGAGGCCUAAUAACUAAAUUUUGUAAGACCAGAUCAAAAUAUAAAAUUUAUCUAUUAUUUAAUUAUAUUUCAACAUUGUGUGUAAAGUGUAGAUUGAUUAAUUACCUCCUUUAAAUUAAUAUUUAAUAUAAUAAAUAAUAACAUCAUUAAUUAGUAGUUGUAAUCAUUAGUCUUUUACUUUUAAGUACUCUUUAGUAGGCUAGGUAGGCAUUACUUUUAGUUUUAGGCAUUAGGGAUUUUUGUAUUAGGCACUAUUUUUAACUAUUAGGCUACCUUGCCUAUCCUAGGCAAACAUUUGAUUGUGAAGUCAAAGGACUGAAAAGUGAAAGCCAUCUUCAACUUCAUUAAUCACUUUCAACGAACAAAACAAUAAAAUAAAAUCAGUUCAUUUACUUUAGUUUUAGUCAUUUAGAAAUUAAAGAAAUGCUUUCAGAACUUGAGAGGAAGUUAUUCAAAUACAACACAUAAUAUUAUAAUUAUAAUAUAUUAUUAAUUAUUAUAUAUUAAAAUUAAAUAUUAAUAUGCAUAGACUCUUUAGACUAACCUAAAAAGGGUAAAACUCCUAUAUAGCGUUGGUAAUUAAUAACAUUAAAAUAGACAAAAAACAGCUUUAAAAACAUAAAAUACACCCAACAAAGCUGUAGUUAACACAGUUUCAAGUUUAUUUAAAGCACCAUUCUACUCUGAACCACAAAAGACUGUCUAAUCACGGAUAGUUAUCGACAAGCAUAAUCAGGAAGUUCGGAAACAUGUCUGUGCCCCGAAACUAGUUACGAUAGGCAAAUUCUUGCAGGCUUGGUUAAAAUGAAUUAAGACAUAAAGGCAGAUAUAGCGUUGGUAAUCACAUACUAAGAUAGACGGCACCUACUACCAUACCAGAAAUACUUUAGCAGACAAAAGGAAGUUUCUACGUUAAAAUAAAUUUAAAUUGUCCCAAAUAACCAUGUUGGAGACAGGGGCGAUGGGCGUAGCUACCGCACAAAAGUACAAUAGAUGAGGGAAUUGAUAGUACAAUAUUGUAAUUGAGGCUAUUUUUAAUUAUGCAUCAAAACUGUUGUAUUUUAUUUUUUGCAGAAUGGCGAUACACUGACUGGAGAUAUACAUAAUGUUGUGCUACACAGUGAAAGUGAAUUUGAUCUUUUAGCAAUGAGAAACUUUCUUUUAUAAUAAAUGAAGAAAGGAAUUUAUUUUCACUAAAAAUAAUUCAGAUACUUUGUUUACCCAGCUUUCUAAAAGGUCAUUGUAAUAAAGAUUUCCAAGAAGCCAAAGAGUAGGCAAUAACAUACAAUUUUCUUGGAGGAAAUCCAGGAUUGUUUCUAGAACCCAAUAUGACAUCGGCUACCUCUUUGCUUAGGCUUAUUGUGUUCUACAGCAGCAUUAACAGUGAGUAUUGAAAUGAUUUUAACUAACCUCACGGGUAUCUGGUGUGUUUGUUGCAAUAUUAUCAGCUUGAUUAUCUUUUCUUUUAUAGUACAGUGAAGUCCAUCUGGCUGAAAAAGCAAAGGUUUUUGCUCCAGUUAAUCUUUUUUAAUAAGAAAGCAGAAAAAGAAAAUCCGCCAUCUUAAAUAGUACUAAGAAACAUCACUAUAGACGCAAUCAGAAUUUAGUUUAUUAUGUCUCUUUUGUUCUAGAAAACUCUAUGCUUCUUACCAGACAUUUGUGUAUUAAAUAAAAGCUUUUGUCUAGGGUAGAGACUGAUCGAAUUUCAGCUUCGGUUUCAGCACCAAAAGGUGGCAUUAGACCACUUUCGGCCUAGUUUCGGUUUAGACAGAAACAGGAAUGUUAACUUUUGGUUUAAUUUAGGUUUUUGCCGAAACAGAAAAGUUAAUUUUCGGUUUAAUUUCUGUUUGGGCUGAAAGUGAUUGAGACUUUCGGCCAUCUGGCAGAGAGGUUGAUUCAGGUUUUCUGUCAUCUACCAGCAGUCAGACUGUGAGACAUGUAGGCAGGCAAUCUGAUAUUCAUUAUUGCUGGACGUCUCGCUGUCAUCAUAUGCUAUAUGACUAAUACUCUGCAAAAACUGCUCGCAACUGAUCUAUGACCUGCUUGUCAUUUAUUUCCAAAAAUUAAAUUUUAAUUAAGCCUAGGCAAAUGUAAAUAUUUUUGUGGAAGAAAAUCUACGGGAAUGGUAAUAUUUCCUUAUUUUUAAAAAAAGUAAAAAUUAGGGAAACUUAAGCUUUUUCAUAAUAUUAAUUUCUUGAAAUUCAUCAAAGUCAUGCUCAUAAAAUGUUAUUGGCGUGUGCAUGAAUCACGGGUUUGUAUAGUAACUAUGUAGUUGGUCUACUGCAGACCUGUUUACUUUUAUAAUUUUGGCUAAAAAUUUACGAUUUUGAGAUGUUUUUUGCGAUUCUCUGUCGAGACCCUCUCUGAACAACAAUUUUAAGAGACCCAGUUAAAAAAAUAUUUUUCCCCCACCAAUGGGGGUGAAGGAGGUUGGUCGCCAAACGAAAGAAUUAUGUCAUCAGCACAGAAAGACUAAUGUGUUGGUACUAGGCUACAUUGUAAUACGGUGAUAUCUUGCCAGCUAUUUAUGAAAACACAAAGCAUUAGUAUGACGAUAACCGCGAAACAUUGCGUUGAUAUUUUUAUAGCCUUAAUAACCGAUAUUUAGGUGACAAAUAAUAAUUAUUGUAGAUAUAUGUCUAAAGGGUCUAUUUUUCAUGUAUUCUUGUCGUCCCACACCCCCGUCCAAAUUUUCUCUAAAAUAAAUUGUUACGAAAUUUAAACUGAUUUUUAAUUAAAAUGGUAAAAGCCAAAGUAUUCAUUAGCUUUUUACACUUUUUAGCUUUUUUUUUUCACGAUGAUCUCAUUUUUUAUAAAAAGAAUGUAAAUAUUGAUACUUUUCCCCCAUCAUUUUUCAAUGUAUGCAGAAUGUAUGCGUGAACAAAUUUCAAAAUAUCUAAGUCUUUCGGUUUUGGCCGAAAGUCUUAUUUAGUUUUUGGCCUGGUUUCGUUUUCGGUCGCAAUCAGAAAAUCACAUUUGGUCGGCCUAUUUGUGUGCGGACAUGACAUUCAUUAUUGAUAUUGUGUAAAAGAUUACAACUUGAGUCUGAAGACCGAUUCAAAUUCAAAGAAUUAAUUGGAAUAAACUGUAAUUUUGAAAUGCAUAAAGACGAUCGGUCACUGCCAACUGAAAAUUUAAUGAUAAAUGUAAUCACUUCACAAAUUACAUUUUGCUGGAAUAAAAUCAGUACAGAAACAUAUCUACAAUAGUAUUAUUAUAGUUGAUUCUAGUAUUUUAAUUUCUAGUAUUUUAAUUUCAUUACAACUAUAUCAAUAUGCUUUUAAAUUUUUAUUUGCCAUAUAUAGAUACUGGUAAUCAAGCUCAUAAUUUCAAAUACAACCAUCAUACACAAAAAUCACUGAUAUCAAGAUUAUGUAUCAAUCACUUAUAGAAGAAAAGUUAGGAUUUUUGUCAUCAGCUUCUUUUAAUUCAUGUUAGCCAUGAUGCCCAUGUGAUUCAGAAUUAUUAAUCUUAAAAAGUUAGUUGAUGAUAUCCUAACAAAACAAAAUUGAAAAGAAAUAAUACACAUUUAGAACAUUACUUUAGAAUUAAUUUGUUAUUUUUUCUAAAAUUAAUAUGAUCAUAUAAUUUUAAGGGGUGGUGAGGAAUGACAGUCAAAAAUGAAACACAUUUACAUAAAAUGGCAUAGAUAUUCAACUAAUAAAGCUAUUGUUAUAAAUUUUGUUGAAAGUGUCCAGCUGAAAGUCAAGAAAUUUUGUGUAAUUAUUAAAUCCCAUUAAUAUAAAUUAACCUCCACCUUUAAAACUAAAUUUGAUGAAAAGCUACUGUGGCCGACAUAUGUAGCAUUGAUACUGAUACAAUGAAAUAAUUGUGGCCGACAUAUGUAGCAUUGAUACUGAUACAAUGAAAUAAUUGUGGCCGACAUAUGUAGCAUUGAUACUGAUACAAUGAAAUAAUUGUGGCCGACAUAUGUAGCAUUGAUACUGAUACAAUGAAAUAAUUGUGGCCGACAUAUGUAGCAUUGAUACUGAUACAAUGAAAUAAUUGUGGCCGACAUAUGUAGCAUUGAUACUGAUACAAUGAAAUCAUUAUUUCUUUAAACCAAUAAUGUAGCAUUGGUACUGAUACAAUGAAAUCAUUGGUGGCCGACAUAUGUAGCAUUGAUACUGAUACAAUGAAAUCAUUAUUUCUUUAAACCAAUAAAGCUUUAGUGAUAAUGUUUUCCACAGAAACAAAUAGGGUCUAUCUGAAAAUAAAAGAAAUUUUAUUAAUUAAUAUUUCCCAUUAAAAAAUUAAGCUCCACAUUUAAUAAAAAAAAUAAAAUGGCGAAGAGCUACUGCGGCCUUCCUGACAUAGGUCUAUUGGUACGUUCAGAUACUUAGUUUUAAACUAAUAAAGCUAUUGUAAUAAAACUUAUCCACAGUUGCGCAUAGUGCACUGCUGAAAGUUUGGUUAGUUAUUAAUUCCCACUUAAAUAAUUAACAUCUACAUUAAAAAAAACCAGAUAGGUUUAUAAACCUACCAUUACAAUCAUCUUUGUAGUACUUUGUAGUCUUUGAUAAAGUUUGAUAACUCUGUGGGAUAUUGAUGACAAGGGAAGUAAUAACCCCAGUUGAACUGCCCUAUAGUGGUGACUUUAUUUGAUUCUCUCACUCCCAAUGUUAGAGAAUUAGUAAAUCCUAUGAUAGGCUUAAUUUUAUUACAUCAUUUUACAUGAUUUUUCCUCUAGGAACUAAGAACAGACUGUAUAGACUUAGAUUAUCCAAACAAUAUUUUGAAAAAAAAAAGCGGAAGUCUAUGCUGUCAACUGCGAGAAGUUUCAAAAAACCUCAUCGUAUCUUUCAAAUAACUAGAGAGAUUUCUGGAAGCAUUAUAAUAUGUAUGUUUUGAAAGACAAAUAAAUUAAAUUUGUGUGCUUUUUAAAAAAAAUAAUUUUAUGAAAAUAAAUAAAUAUUUGACAGAGGGUAUUUUUGUGUAUCACUAACAAAUGAAUUCAGUUUAAUCUUAUUAUAAUUAAACAAAUAUUUUCUUUUUCCAGCUAUUUUAUCUCAAGUGACGAGUCAAGUUGUGUCGAGGGAAAAUGUAAGUGUCAAACUGACAGUCACUUUUCCAAACACACAGCAGGCCACCGAAGCAAGUCUUAUUACAAUUAGACAUGAAAUGAAAGACACCAAAGAAGAUGUUUUAUUUUUAAAUAAAGGCUUUACUAAUCUCAGACUGCAAGUGAAAUAUCAAAAUAGAAUCACAACAAACCCGGUUGCUGCAGACAGGAAGCUAGAAAUGACUCUGUCUAAUGUGGCUGCAUCAGAUGCUGGCUCCUUUACCUGUUUUGUGGGAACUGGGAAUACAGUGAUUGGAAACUGUGGUCAGAAACUCAUUGUUUUACGUAAGUAUCUGAAUGUGUUUUGUUAUCAAGAGAUAAGAUAGAGGCGAGAGUUUAGAGAUUAUCAUUUGCUUAUUUAGAGUGUUGAGAAUCUGUUAAUAAUAAGUAAUAUUAGAUGUAGUGUCUUGAAUAUAUUAAAAGUAAGUACCUUUAGAUGUAGUGUGUAAAUUAAUUAAGUAGCUUUAGAUGGGUUGCUUAUUACAAGGGCUCUUAACCAGGGGUCUCAUCACCCUAAGUGGGUGUGGAAGGCAGUGUCAGGAGGUGCUGGAAGACCUAGAAUAUCAAGUUUAUUCAUUUUUAACGGUAGUUUUUAUCAUGGGGGUGCGGGAAAAAGUGUUUUAAAAUCAAAAUGGGGGUGCAGGUAAUAUUGGGGUCGCACAACUGAAAAAAAAAAAAAAAGUUAAGAACCCCUGAAUAUAUUAACUUAUUAAUAUAUCAAUUAGUAUGCCUCAUUAGAUGUAGUGUCUAGUAUCAUGUAUAAUAAUUUUUCUAGGUAUGUAUGAAUGUGUGGCUGUAACAUUUUAUUCAAAAGGUGUGCAAAAUAAAAUUGCCAGAAGUCGGCACUAAUUUUGAUGCAUGUCUUUUUAAAGUAACUUUAGUAGAUGGGAAGUUGAUACAUUGCUGCCACCAUUGUUUGCUGGGUUAGUUCUAGUGUGUGAAUAAAAUAGGUAGGAUAAGAUGAGAUAGAAGUAACGGAUGUGUAAACUAAACUGGUUUACCUAUGUAUAAUUUAAGAAAAUAAUAAUUAAACUAUAAAAUAUUAAAUUUAGGCUAACAUUAUUCUUGUUAUUGGCGUUGUAUUUAUAAUUUGGUCAUCAGAAGAUCUCAUUCUACUUCACUGACAAUUGAAUCAAUACAUGCAGGCAGCUAAUGGUAUCUUUUAACUGGUUGAUCUCCAUUAGGUAAACCUGACCCACCUACUAUAAAUGUAUUGAGUCCUCCACUAGAAGGUCAGACAUUGAAGCUUGAAUGUCAACCAAACUCUCUUAGUUUACCAGCUGACCACGGACUAGCAUCUGACAUAGUCUGGCAAGAUAACCAAGGACAAUUUAUUGGUAUACCAGGAGGAGACAGCAGGGUAAGAUCUCUGCAUGUAGAUACAUAAAGUUUUAAUAUAUUAGGUCUGUAUGUAACUUAAUAUUAGGUCUGUAUGUAUAUUCUAUUCUGGGUCUGUAUGUAUUUUCCAAACUGGUUCUGUAUGUAUACUCUAUACUAAUUCUGUAUGUAUAUUCUAUGUGGUGCAGUAACUAAAAUGUAUAAUUGACUCAAACAACCGAACGUGAGCUGUAUCAUUUUCACUGUCUCUAUCAACUUUUUAAUGAAUUUACAGUAUUUGAGAAAAAAACGCUAUAGAGUGAAGCCGCGAAAGUCGAACCGUGAAGUGGCGAGGGACUGCUGUAUAGGAUAUAUAAUUGGCCAAUUUUUUUUCUCCAGAUAACUCAUUUUUUUGUUGUUGAUUUUUAAUGGGGAAUUAAUUUAUUAAAGACUGUAUUUCAAACUGGGUUUUAUUGUUCUCUUGGUUGUGUUUCUUUAAAAGACAUCUGAGUUUCAUUUUGACAUUGCAGUUUAACAUGGAUGCUCAAGGUAAUCUUGAGGUGCGGGGUAUUCAACGCACAGACAAAGGACGUAGAUUUGCUUGUACCUCUGCGGACAAAACUCCGGGAGUGUCCAUAGAACCUUUGGCGUCAAAUCCAAGUCCUUUCUAUGAAGUGAUACCUGAAUGUAAGUUGUUUAGUUAAAUGACAAUCUAUUUUAUCUAAAGCCAUUAGUUAACUUUUCAAACAUUAAUCAGUAUUUUUUUUAGUUCAUCUCAUUAAUCACACAAUCAUUGGAAGCAUAAAUCUGAAUAGUGGCACUUUUUGUGUAUCAACCUCAUGUGUUAACUUUAAGGGUAAGAUAUGUAGAAAUAUUAUUUUUAUUGUUAAUCGGGGACAGGGGUGCCACUUUUCCGGGUCAUCCCGGAAUUCCGGAUUCGUGAGGCUAAAUAUUUUUCAGUUCCGGAUUCGCGAGUUUUUAUAUUCUCUCUUUCCGGGUUCGCCAGUUCAAUUUAUUCAAAUACGGAUUCUGUCUGGGUUCUUUUUUUUAAGAAACAACAUGCAACAGAAUUCGCGAAAAACCAGGAAAAUUCCUUGAAACUGGACGUUAAUCGCCGAUCUCGUCUAUUUUUAGCCUUUCUGUUGCCAGAGAGCUAGUGGUUUCCCCUUGCGCAUGCGCUUUACACUACGCGUUUCGAGUACCGUACUACUUCGAUAGACCAGAAAUAUUUAUUUUCUGUUCACGUCGCCGAUCAAGAGAUAUUUGAAGUGUUUGGGUAAGCAAAGUGUAAAAUUUAGUAAAUAUCUUUUUAAUUUAGUUUUUGGCUACCUAGUUUUUAAUUGUUGGGUAACCAUUAUCAUAAAAAGAAAACUAAUCGUCCGAGCGUUGUCUAACAAGACUAAGCUUAGCGUACUUUGUUAUGUAGCUUUACUGUAUACAGGCGACUUGUAUUUUUUUUAUUAGAAGAGCUAGGCGGCGUUUAACUUUUGUUUAAAUACUUCUUAAGUUCACUUGACAUUUAAUUACGGAGUAAGCCUUCUAAUUUUAAAUAGGCGAAUAUGAUUAUGUUAUUUUUAUCCGUUCUGUAGUGAGCCUGACAUAACUAUUUAGUUAGUUUUUAUUUAUUAGUUAUGCACUCCCGUGUUCUGACUCUGGGUAUACUUUACAGUAAUUUGUAAUUCUACUACUACUACUACUAUUACUAGUAAAAUUACUAGUAUUCAUAAUGCUCUGUAUUACCGUAGCACUGCUACUAGCAGUAGUGCCGUAGUUAAAUACUGGUAUAAUAUAGUCGAUAUUAAAUGUAUGCCUUACUAUAAACUAUAAAUCUAAUAUGAUAAUAUAUUUUAUUUUGUUUCAAUAUUCAGGAUCUAAGCUCAAUAAAAAUAUGUAAUGCCCAACAGUUAACAGUUCCUUUAACUUUAAAGAACUGAUAGGCAUUACAGUACCAGUACAGCAAUAGGCAAUCAUGAUUGAAUAAGUCAUCAAUGAAUACUAUGCUGGAAAUAUUGAUAUCAAGUAUUCAAGGGGAAAAUGUCUGAGUCAAUCAUCUGAUGAUACCAGCUUUAUCACCCAUCUUAGGUGUCCACUUUUGUAACUUCUCAAUUUAUGAAAUUUAUGUGUCAAACUAUGAAACUCUCACACUUGGGAGAUAGUAUAGACACUAAAGUGUGUUGAUUCAAACUAUCCAUUUUCAUCAUAAAGAAGACAACAUUAACUCCAUAUAUGAAAAGAUACUUUCCACUUGUGGUAGCUAUACUUUUGUUCUAAAAUGCCCAGAUAACUCAUUGCAAAAGUUGACUUUUCAAGUCUAAGUAAAUUGAAAAAUUGCUAUUGCUGUAAAUUUAAUAAAUACUAAUAAAUGUUUACAUGUAUACACCUUAAUUGCUUAAUUUUGUUCAUUUGUGAUGUAUCUCAAUGUUUUAUUUGAUAAUUUCAUGCUUGUUUUUAUAUUAAUCAACAAAAUGCCGCAUUGCGAUAAUCAGGAAUUUUGAGUUUCAUUAAGUUUCAGGGAUUGAAAAAUUUGUAAAUGAAGUUUCAGGUUUCAAGAAAUUUUUAGAAAGGGAUUUCAGGGUUCACAGCUUUCAGUGAGUGGCACCCCUGAUCGGGGAUGAGAAUUUCACAUGACAUUCUAUGCAGAAAGUAAUCAUUAUUUUUAUGUUUGAUAAAUUGUGUUGGUAGAUUUGUGGCAUAAUAGCGUGUCAGCCUCAUGAACAGGAAGUUUGGGUUUAAAUGUUCAGGAUAUCCACUAGCUUGAGGCAUAUAAAUGAUUUGAUGAGAAUAAACAAGUAGCUAUUCUUGGGUGAUUGGGCAGAGCACUGUUAAGAAAAUGCAUCAGUGAACAUGGAAACAUCAUUUUAAAAAAAAUUAUUGUCACACAUAAGGACUUGAGUUCAGAAUUUAAUUAAUUCUUUGGUUGAAUGUGAUAAAAUAAAUGGUAAAUCUUAAUAUAUUCCCAACUAAACUUGUCUUUUUCCAGGGAUAUUGUCAACAAAAUUUUCUUUCUAUUAUGUUUUGUUGAAAUGUAAUCUAUGUGUUGUUUGACCAAGAUUGUUCUAUAGUUAUAUGAGUGAGACGGAAGAAGGCUAUCUGAUAGGUUCUGUGAACAUCUUCAGGAUAAUGAACAAAAUAAGCUAUCCCUGGUUUCAUCUCAUUUCAACAAGGGCACAUCAGAUGUAUUUAUCACGGCUCUAAUUUCUUGCACCAAUACACCAGCGAUAGUGAAGAAUGAAGAAUAAAUACUACUUACGAGAAAUCUUUGCUGAAAUUUAUGUUUUAUUAUCAAUUCUGAAUUUUCAGUCAAACCUUUGGUUAGUGACAUGGUCUUGACACCACCAUUUGAAAACGAUGCCCAGAUAAGGAAAAAGGUCUCAGACGAGCUCAAUUACAAGUGUGACAUUUCCUGUUUACCAGCUUGUGAUGUCCAGUGGACUUAUAAAUCGUAUACCACCCAGGGGUAAGUUUUGUUAUAAUAAAUACAUUUAACUGAUGUGUUAUGUUAAUAUUUGUUAAUAAUAGUUAUUUUUAUGACUUUCCAAAUUGUUUUUGAUAUUUUGUAAGGUUUGAGCCAGUUCCAAAUCUUGAGGAUGCCAAGAUAUUAAAAAAGUCAGUAACUCGUAUUGAUGAAGGAACGUAUCGUUGUAAAGCAUCAAACAAACAUGGAGAAGUUCAUAAGGAUUUCGAACUACAAUUGCUUUGUAAGUUGAGAUUAUAGACAUUUUCUUUAUACAAAUUAUCUACACAUAAUAUUUAAAUGGAUCGUGGGCCCUUAAUAUAUAGAAGAAGAAGAGCCUAAAAAUAUUUAAUCUACUUUGAUGUUAGUCUUUGACAGUAAAUUUCCACCAGUGCUUUUUGAAAUAUUUGAGAUUUUAAGACUUGUACGCUGUGUCCCAGAAAGUUAUUUCUGCUUUUAUCCUUUCUAAAGCCAACUUUAAAAAACAAUAUUUCAAGGGAAUAAUAGGGGUGAUUGGGUUAUGAACUGGUCCUAGAAGAUUUGUAUAAUUUUCUCCAGGUAGGCCUACAUCACAGAGGUAAAAGUCUGCUGUACACUUUACAAGAUUUCAUUACACCACCAGAAGCUUUAAAUAUUUAUACAUUUCUGCACUAACAUUUUUAAAUUCAGUUUCUUCUUGAAAUAUAAUGAGGUUGUAGUUUCAUGUUUCACAAAUUUUGAUUUCAACAACAAAUUUUUAAUUCACGUGCUUCGGCCAUUGUAGUAUGGGUCAGUUGUUGAGUGAGUUGUACACAUUUUAGGCCUUUUGUAGUUUAAAAAAAAGGUGGUUGUUGGGGGGGGGGGGAGGGGGGGUUUUAAAUGAAAGAGGUUAAGAAUGGGUUAUUCAUUGAAGUAAGUUACUGUGUCUCAUAAGAUAAGAAAAAUUUAAAACUGCUUUACUAUAACAUCUCUUUGUUUCGUUUAUUUCAAAUUGAUCCAAUAGAAAUGAGCAAGUUGAACUGGGACGAAAUUCAGGGUGAUCAAAAUUACAACACUGGAUGUAUAUUGAAAUAGUGUGUCUGGAAAAGACUUGUUGAUGAUGUCACUUGAUCUUUAUUUGACUAUACUCUCAGUUACCAAUGACAUGCCUGUGAAUUAAUUCUUGUCAACAUGGUUUUGAGGGCAGUUACUAGAUGUAAAAUAUCUCUUGUUUGAGUUUCUAAACAUGUUUCUCUUAUUUCAGACAUAGAGCCACCUGAAGUGAGAAUUAACAAUGAAGCAAAAGACAAUGGAAAUGUACAUGAGAAUAUAACAGCUACACUACAAUGUACUUUUGACUCUAAUCCUGCACCUACCAUAAGGUGAUUGGUUUACAAACAUUUUAGAGAACAAAAAGAAAUAAGCAAGAAAUUUGAUAAAUGAUUUUUAAUUUAAUUUUACUGUUACUUUAAAUGGUUAAUUAGAAAUAUUUGCCAAAAAGAAAGAUGGAAUUAAAAUUCCGUUGCUUUGUGAAUUUUUAUUACUUAAUUGAUAAAAACAUACAUUUAACCAUUGCAUAAUGUACGCAAAAGAAAAAUCUCUUGUUCAAUACAGAUUAAAGUAAAAUAAAAUAUUUGAGUAUGCAUUGGUUGUGUGGUUAAUUAAUACAUAGAAAUAUAAUACACGUUUUGUUUGUAAUGAGUUGUGGAAAAUAGUGUUCCAUAAUAUAUCAAUUAAGGAAUUUACAUAUUCAUUUUUUAAAUAUUAUUGUUAAGAAGCAGCAUGUAAUUAACUGAAUUGAGAUGUAUUUAGAGUGUUAAAAUCUGAUUUAUACAAUGUCCAACAAGAUUUGACCACAUUUUAAGUAACAUUAUAUUUGUUGUUUAGCUGGAAGUCUCCCACAGGAGCCACUGUACUCAAAGAACUUGGCCCCAGUCCAAGGAUUGCUUUGCCAGAACGUCUGUACACAAGCAAGUACACCUUCGAACCUCACUGUCAAGACAGUGGAGUGUAUUCUUGUCAAGCGAAUGCUGAUACAAACUCUGCAGAGGGCAGAAUGAAUAUCAUUGUUAUGUGUAAGUAUAGUGUAGAUAUAUUACUGAUCAAUUAUAUUUAAUUAUAAGAAAGUUUAAAUAAUGAAAUACCAUGUCACUUGAUACCUUCAUAAUUAAAUCUCUUUCCAAAUCGUUGUGUCACCUUUUUAGAAAUGUAGGGACAUUAUAUGUAAAGGGACAUAAGACAUGAAUGGAGAUAAGACAUGUAGGGACGUAAUACAUGAAGAGAGAUAAGACAUAUGGGACAUAAGACUUAAAACUGCAUAAGACAUGUUUGGAGAUAAACACGAAGGGACAUAGUAACAUGAAGAGAGGUAAGACAUUAAUCCAUUUGCUACUAUUGCGACCAAAUGUGACAUACCCACUUGGCUAAUAAAUGCAACAGAAUGCACAUACACAUAACACACAAUAUCGGGAGGUGCAUUGUUGCCUGGCAAAUAGCUUUAGGAUUAUAAAGAAGGAAGAAUAUUGCUGCAUCUGUUUAAAAAAAAACAACGUUACUACCAUUCAUGCUUUGAAAGCUGCAUGAUGUUGAAGUCCGUCUAAGCCAGCGGUUCUCAAUCUGUGGGUCACGAUCCCUUUGUGGGUCGCGCGACCCUUUCACGGAGUCACCUAAGACCAUUGGAAAACACACAUUUCUGAUGCCGAUGGUCUUAGAAACCGAUUGAUUUGGUCAGUCUAAAAAAAACAGACAUGUCACAAACAAUGUUCCCUCUAAGGUUUGUUGGUUUGUGAGCAAAAUCAUACAGUUGUGUGCAAAGUUUUACAGCAUCAAUUUUUUGUGUGCAAAAUUUUACAGCGCUCAAAAACAGACACACACUUAUGUGGAAAUUUGCUGCGCGGAUACUCAAAACUGAUGCGCGGAUACUCAAAACUGCUGCGCGGCGUCUGAGAUAGCUGCACUGCCGCGCAGCCGUGCAGCUUAAAGGGAAUAUUGGUCACAAAUUUUCAUUAUGAUUGGAGUCGAAUUUUUUACAAAACUGAGUGCAAUUUCCUUAUCUAACAACUCUGUCCACAGAAGACUAGAUGACAUGUCUGUUGAUAUUCUUGAUCAGGUAAUCCAGGAAAUUAAAUCUACUCCACUCCCAAUAUUUAGUAUCCACCUUGAUGAAUCUACAGACGUUGCAAACUGUUCACAGUUACUAGUUUACGUGAGGUAUAUUAAUGAUGGCGACUUUACAGAUGAGUUUCUUUUUUGCAAAUCUCUUGAUACGACAACUAUUACAUGUGAUGUAUUUGAAACAGCUGGUUUAUUUCUGAUUGUGAGAUCUCUUGGGAAAAGGUUUGUGGUGUUUGCACAGAUGCUGCUCGAGCUAUGCCAGGAUGUCGAUCUUGAUUUCAACGUUUGUUAACGAAUGAGUCACCAAAAGUCAUUGGAACUCACUUAUUGAUUGAUUUGCAAAUAUUAACAAUGAAGACGCUGCCACAAGAGUUACAAGAAGUAACGAAAAGUGUCUUAAGUUCUGUCAAUUUUGUAAUGUCGAUCACUUUAAGCAGUCAACUGUUUUCACAACUAUGCAACGAGUUGGAUGUGCCGAACAAUGCUCUGCUAUUUAACACUGAAGUGAGAAUGUUGUCGAAAGAAAACAUUUUAAAACGUGUUUUAGAGCUUCGUGAUGAACUCAAAACUUUUUUAAAUCAGAAAGCAAGAUUGCAGUUCGAAGCACUUUUUAGUGAUAAAAGUCAACUGCAGAAAAUAGCUUAUUUGGAUGACAUCUUUGCCAUCUUGAAUGAGUUAGAUUGAUCACUGCAAGGACCAAACGCAACAUGACUCGACUUGUCUGAAAAGAUACGAUCAUUUAAAUUUAAAUUUCAGCACAUGCUUGCAGGUGAAAUUUCAUUGUACUUUCCAAAUAUUCCUGAUACCCCAUUCGUACUUACCAGAAGUCCAUUCACAGUCAAAGUUUAAGAUGUUCCUGAGUCAACACAAGAGGAAUGCAUUGAACUUAUUAACAGGGAUGCAGCGAAAACUGAUUUUUUUUACAAUGCCAACUACAAAAUUCUGGAUCAAGUGCAGUCAAAUCCUGUUCUGUCUAAGAUUGUGUUGCACCCUCUUCUUCCAUUUCCAGCUUGGUGGUAAUUAAGUCUAAAUGUAGACUUGUUGUAGAAAAUCUACCAAAGACUGUCUCGAGCAUUUUUGAUCUGGUAAGAAAGAAACAAUCUCAACCUUUGCACUGACAUUGGCUUUUUACGCAUGCUGUCGCAAAAUUUAGCAAAGUAGUUUACUGUAGUUAUGGUUAGACUGUUACCCAUGCUACACCAUGCUUCAAGACAAAAUCUCAUUGAUUUGUAAUUAGAAAUAAAUAUUUCACAAUAUAUAAUUACCUAUAGUCUUUUGUGAUUAAUGACUAUGCUUUAAUUACGUUCAAUUUGUAACAACGAAAAUACAUCCUGCAUAUUAGAUAUUUACAUUACGAUUCAUAACAGUUAUGAAGUAGCAAUGAAAAUAAUUUUAGGGUUGGGGGUCAGCACAACCUGAGGAACUUUAUAAAAGGGUCGCGGCAUUAGAAAGGGUGAGAACCACUGGUCUGAGCUUAAUGAAUUUGUGAUUUGGAUUUAUUAGAAUUAUUUUGCUAUAGUGGUUUAGUUUUUUUUAAAACUCUUUGCUGCCUCCACUUUUAAUUAUUCAGCAGAUAAUAAUUCUGAUUAUGAAGAUGAAUCAGACAUUGAUACUGAUCAAAAUGCAUUGAAUUUAGACUGAAUCUGAAAAUAAUACCGAUGAAAGUGAUGAUGAUGAUAGCAAUCAAGACACUAUCACUGAGUCUUGGUCAGACAAUUUGACUAGUGUAACCGAUAAGAUGGAGAUAUUUCAUGAGAUAAAAGGUGGUAUCCAUAUCCUUCCUGUUGAAAGUAGUCCAACUGACAACUUCAAACUGUUUGUGACAGAUGCCAUGGUGGAAUUUAUUGUGGUGGAAACCAACAGAUACGCUGAGCAACAGCAGACUGCUGAGGGCCGUAAGACACCCAGUGGAAGGCUGUCACUAAUGAGGACAUUUAUAAAUUCUUAUAUGUAAAUAUUAUGUUUGGGCUACAUAAAUUGCACACUACUAAACUGUACUUGUCCAGUGACAAACUUUGGAGGGUCCCUGCAGUUGCAGAUGUUAGGGGGCUCACACAAUAUGAAAAAUUGAGACAGUAUUUUCAUAUCACCAACAGUGAAAACAUUCCGGCCAAAAAUAGUGUGAACUAUGAUCCCCUGUACACAGUGAGACCACUACAGGACCAUAUUAGGAAUGUGUGCCAAACAGUGUAUAAACAGCAACGACAGCUGUUCGUAGAUGAGACAAUGGUUGGUUUUUGUGGACGACUGUCAUUCAAGCAGCACUUGAGUAACAAGUCAGCUCUAUGGGCCAUCAAAAUUUGGUGCUGCGAAGAAGCGAAAACUGAUUAUAUUUGUAACUUUUGAGUUUAUACUGGCAAAAGUUAAAAUCCUUCAGAUCAUGGACUGGGAUAUGAUGUAGUUGGGUCAAUGAUGGAACCAGACUUGGAAUGGUAUCAUGAAGUGUUUUUCAACAAUUUCUUUUUCUCUCCAAAACUUGCAGAGAACCUCUUAUUGCAAAAAACAUAAAGCUGUGCAAUUAAUGGUUGCCAUACAAUGGACAGACAACCGUCAAGUGAACAUUAUAUCCAACAAUUCCAACCCAGUAGUGACCACGGUUCAAUGCAGGUCGAAAGAUGGAAUGAUGGAUACAGAAAUUCUAAUGCCAGUUGUCACCUACAAUUCUGCUAUGUUUGGGAUGAACUAGUCAGACCAACAUCGUGCCUAUUAUCCUGUGGGCCGAGCAAGCACCAAGUGGUGGACGUACGUGUUCUGGUGCCUCUUAGAUCUGUCAAUGAUCAAUAGCUUCCUGAUUAUGAAAAGUGCUAAGCCCGCUGAUGCCUCAGACUCUCCAACCCAAAACCAUCUGAUGUUUCGAAAGGCUGUGCUGGAACAACUUUUGACUGCAGCUACCAAAUGCAGGCAGCCAGAUACAGAGUAUCUCUGGCAGAUCUAGUCCAUAUAGCAGUCAACACAUGUUGAGUCCAAUGACUGAAAGGAAAUGUUGAUGUUACCAGCCCUCGAUUGACAGUAACAAAACGGACAGUGACAGAACUAGGGAAACAACUGGUUGUCAUUUGUGCCAGGUUCACCUACACAAGGGAAACUGUUUUUCUAAAUUCCACAGGACUCUGAAUAAAGUCAAAUACAAACUUUGGGUCAGCUCUGCUAAUAUUCAUCUGACAUUUUUAAAAAUGUCACUUUCAUGAUUUACUGCAAAUAUUUGUCAAUCAAAGUAUAUAGCCCUAUACAUUUUUGAAAGGUUAUUAAAUUUUCUAUUUUUUAAAUGCAUGUUUUGUUAAUAGAGGUUGAUUCUCAGUUGUUAAAAUUUUUUUUUCUCUAUUAUGGGGAUGCAUUUAUUUUAGAGUGCCCUUGGCUUAGGAUUUUAGUAGCGAAUGGGUUAAGGGACAUAAGACAUGAAGGAAGAUAAGACAUGAAAGGACAAUAGACAUCAUGAAGUGACGUAAGGAAGGGACAUAUGAACACUCAAGAAACAAUUUAUCCCCCCCCCCUCCCACACACACACACACAUCACAACCACCACAUAUACCCUGGAUAAGCUUCCUAAUCCUAAAUUAGUUCAAAUACAAAUAUCAAGUUAUGCAGCGCUCAGCAAAUUUAAAUUUAGUAAAUGCUGUCAUUUUCAAAUUUACCAAACUUUCAGUUGUUUUAUAAUGUCAUCUGUAAGGAAAUAAUCUUUGAUUGACAUUUGCCUGUUAGGCUUUGUCUACCAUAUCACUGUAAGUUUUAAUCUAUCAUAUCACUUUGAGGUUUAAUCUACCAUAUCACUGUAGUAACUUCUAUUUCUAACAUCAUUAUCAUUGAAUUUCCCUCCAUUUGUUUAAGGUAAACCAAGGAGUGCUGACAAUGAGGGACUAAAGAAAGAAUAUGUCUGGGAAAUUCCUCAAACGCUCAACUUUUCUUUUGUCAUAUUAGCCAGGCCAGAACCAGAGGUUAGCAGGAUUAUGUCCUCUUUUGGAGGGAGGUAAGUUGAUUGAGGAUAUUUAAAGGCACCAAUGGUGGCUAGGACAAAGUAAGUUGAUUGAGGAUAUUUAAAGGCACCAAUGGUGGCUAGGACAAAGUAAGUUGAUUGAUGAUAUUUAUAGGUACUGAUGGUGGCUAGGACAAAGUAAGUUGAUUGAUGAUAUUUAUAGGCACUGAUGGUGGCUAGGACAUAGAUUGAAUCUGCAGAAUGGAAAGAAAAUAAUUUAGCCAUUGACUUUGCUGAGAAUGGACUUUUUAUAUUUGCAACACUAUUUAAGUUUGUUCAUAAAUUGAAAUAUUUUCCAAGUAAUUGAAACAUUUGAACACUUUAAUGCGUGGAAUGUAAAUCCAACAUUGGCACAUGAAAAUUCUUAUUAAAAGAAAAUUGUAAUUAAAAAAUAUCACCUGAAACGAUUAAAUCUAUUUAAUUUUUAAAAUAUAAAUUAUUUUGAUGAUCUUUUUUACAGAAAUCGAAAAGAAGAAUUAUCAAAAGAUGUGGCCAUAACUAAAGAGAGCAAAUACAGUGGGAAAGAUUAUCUAACAAAGUUUACAUUUGAAAGCAAAAGAUCAUUGGACCAGAAUGAUAUGGACAGAAUCUUUAUAAUGACAUUUCAAUCAUCUGAGUUUACCACAGACCUAAAUUUUACGAUAAGACCAAGAGGUAAAGUUCAUGUGCAUUUAAUCCACUACUGAAUAUCAUCCUGUUCAGAGCCCCUCUAAUUCCCAAAUGCUUGUUAAUAUAUUAUGUUUAUCAUGGCACUUAGUAACCUAACUCCCAUACAACAUGGCUGCCUUAGUUUACUGCUAUGCUCAUGAGAAUGUCACUUUGGUUACAAAGUUACAAGAGUUAAAAAUUCAAGAUGGCUUUCCAAGUUCUUAAGCAGAUUAAAAGCAAGCUUGGUUGAUGGAACUAUUGAACAGACUAAAGUAGGAUCUGUUGAAAUUGAGACAGGAAAGGAUGUGGAACGUCCUAAGGUUAAAGAUAAGAUGGAAUGAGACAAUAUAAUUAGUACUUGUACAUCUGAUGAUAUCAACAAGCGACCGUGAACAUGCUUGGUGGUCGAGUGGUCUAAACUGAGCAAAUCUCAAGUUGACGGUCGAUAUUUCAAUUCCAGCCAGAGCCCGGUCAAGCAAAAACCCCACCAGCACCCCGGGUGGAUGGGACCCGCUAACCUUGGUCGGCAACUCAUCUAAGAGAAGGAAACUCUAAAUUCAAACCCAAGGAUGGCGUCCCCUACAGGCGGCAAACAUCAAAACAGUGAAUCAUUCCGACAACCCCUGCCACCACUGAGAGCGCAGUGAGCAUGCUAAAAUAGCAUGGAUACGUAGCGCUAUAUAAGGAUUCAUUCAAUCAAUCAAUGUCAGAGAACUUUUUGAGAUUUAUGGAUAAGAAACUUCAGAUAUUUGUAUUUAAAGGUUAUUUUAGACAAAAGCUUGUAAUAAAAGAAAGAAAAGAAAAACAUUAAAAGGAAAAAGAAAACUAUGCAUAAAACUGUAAACAGACCAGUGAUAAAAUAUGCCAGUCAACUGUAAACAGACCAGUAAUAACAAAUGCCAGUCAACUGUAAUCAGACCAGUAAUAACAUAUGCCAGUCAACUGUAAUCAGACCAGUGAUAACAUAUGCCAGUCAACUGUAAUCAGACCAGUAAUAACAUAUUAUGCCAGUCAACUGUAAUCAGACCAGUAAUAACAUAUGCCAGUCAACUGUAAUCAGACCAGUGAUAACAUAUGCCAGUCAACUGUAAUCAGACCAGUAAUAACAUAUUAUGCCAGUCAACUGUAAUCAGACCAGUAAUAACAUAUUAUGCCAGUCAACUGUAAUCAGACCAGUAAUAACAUAUUAUGCCAGUCAACUGUAAUCAGACCAGUAAUAACAUAUGCCAGUCAACUGUAAUCAGACCAGUUUUAACAUAUGCCAGUCAACUGUAAUCAGACCAGUGAUAAAAUAUGCCCGUCAACUGUAAUCAGACCACUAAUAACAUAUGCCAGUCAACUGUAAUCAGACCAGUAAUAACAUAUUAUGCCAGUCAACUGUAAUCAGACCAGUAAUAACAUAUUAUGCCAGUCAACUGUAAUCAGACCAGUAAUAACAUAUUAUGCCAGUCAACUGUAAUCAGACCAGUAAUAACAUAUGCCAGUCAACUGUAAACAGACCAGUAAUAACAUAUGCCAGUCAACUGUAAUCAGACCAGUGAUAACAUAUGCCAGUCAACUGUAAUCAGACCAGUGAUAACAUAUUAUGCCAGUCAACUGUAAUCAGACCAGUGAUAACAUAUGCCAGUCAACUGUAAACAGACCAGUAAUAACAUAUGCCCAUCAACUGUAAUCAGACCAGUAAUAACAUGUGCCAGUCAACUGUAAUCAGACCAGUAAUAACAUAUGCCAGUCAACUGUAAUCAGACCAGUGAUAACAUAUGCCAGUCAACUGUAAUCAGACCAGUAAUAACAUAUUAUGCCAGUCAACUGUAAUCAGACCAGUAAUAACAUAUGCCAGUCAACUGUAAUCAGACCAGUGAUAACAUAUGCCAGUCAACUGUAAUCAGACCAGUAAUAACAUAUUAUGCCAGUCAACUGUAAUCAGACCAGUUUUAACAUGCCAGUCAACUGUAAUCAGACCAGUGAUAACAUAUGCCAGUCAACUGUAAUCAGACCAGUGAUAACAUAUUAUGCCAGUCAAACUUAGACCCUAACAAAAACACAUUGGAAAGAAAUGUUCUCCGGAAAAUAUCCAGACCAAUAAAGGAUAAACAUGGAUGGAGAAUAUGAACCCACCAUAAAUUGUAUGGACCAUACCAGAAAUAAAAAAGGACAGGCUGCACUAGGCAGGACAUUUAGAAAGAAUGCCAAACAUGUUAUUUUCCUUCGUGUCGUAGAAUAUGAUAGACUAUCCAUGUAGGACAGGCAGGAGUGGAUAAAGUUGGGGCUUUCAUAGAGAUAUUUUUAGUGGUAGAGGUAUUUAUUUAUUAAAUGUAAUUAAAAGCAACACAAAUAGAAAUGAUGACGCGGCUACAAAUAUAGUAAAAUCAUUCAAGUCCCACUUCAACUGAGUUAGAUAUGGGCUUGUGUGAUUUAUUUUUUCUGAAUAUUAAUUAAUUCAUCUUUAGUAAAAAUCUUCAACUCUUUGGUCUAUUAACCUUCCAGGUCCACCUCAUGCUGCCACCAACCUGACGUCAGUAGAGGCCAGACAUGACUCGGUCAAGUUGUUCUGGUUUCCUGGUUUUAAUGGCGGAGAAUUGCAAACAUUCUCUGUAGAGUUUCGUCCCUUUAUUCCAACAGUAUGUCAUUUAUAUACCAUUCUCUGCAGAGUUGCGGCCCUUUCCUCUGUUUUAGAAUCUUUCCUAUACUCGGCACCUCGCUAAAAAAUUUUCUUUUACUGUUUUGCACACCCCUCCCCCCACUCCCACCCCUAACAAAUAAAAAUUUCUUUUUGCAAUUUGAAAAUAAUUGAUUCCUAAUUUAUUUAUUGAAUUGCAAAGAGAACUUACAGAACUUAGAAAAUAAACUUGUGACUUAUUACAAGAACCAAAAUGUUCAUAAAAGUAAAAUUUCAAAAUAUAUUUUCACUUAUAUAAAAAAUUUCAAGUUAUAUUUUCUGUUAUAUCAAAAAUGUCAAAAUAUAUUUUCAAUUAUAUCAAAAAUGUCCAAAUGUAUUUUCUGUUAUAUGAAAAAUGUCCAAAUGUAUUUUCAGUUGUAUCAAAAUAUUCAAAAUAUAUUUUCAGUUUGUCCCUAUUGUCCAACUGUAUGUCAUUUAAAUAACGUGAAAUAUUUUAAUGAGUCACUGUCAUUGUUAUUCCAUCUGAACAAUGUUAAAGGCAUUGCUGCCGAUGUUACUCAGUAGUUCUUGGAAUCCAAGGUGUUCCUAUGUCUAUGAAGAAUAAGUGUUUAUGUCUACGUAUAAUGUUUGUCUGUGUCUAUGUAUAACAUUAAGUGUCUGUGUGUAAAAAGGUGUCUUUUUCUGUAUAUUAUUAAGCAUGUCUGUGUCCAUGUAUAAGGUGUCUCUGUAAACUGGUAUGUUAGAGAUAGUUGACCAGACCUGUUUACUCUUACGAUUUUGGCGUACAAUGUACGAUUUUGAGGUGUAUACUUUUAUAUACUGUAUGUUUAUUUUUUUUUCUAUUAAGAUAUGUAUUGAACGAUUUUGUGAAGAUCUUGUACGAUUUUAAGAGUUUGAGGGUAAACAGGUCUGGUUGAGGUAUAGACCUUAUGGGCCAUGGACAGUAAGAGAGGUGGUAUCAUCUUGUAACAUUGUUACACAGUUGUUCUAGUUUUAAAUGACUAUGGCCUUUGCAUGUGACAAAGUUAGUGAUCUGUUCCAAUGUAUGGGGUAUUUGAGAUUAGGGCAACCCUGUGUGUAAAUAUAAGUUACUGUUGAGGCCAUAAGCCACAUAAUCAGUAAAAAGUGAGGUCACAUCUUUAUUACUCAUCCAAAUGGAAGGAUCUAGCUACAAAUUAUAUUUGCUAAUUAUAUUUGAUAAUUAUAUGAAAGAUAAUAAAAUUUAACUGAAAUAUAUGCAUGAGAUAAUCACCUGACACCCCCCCCCCCCCCCCCCCCCCCCCGUUGAAUCCCUUUACAUAGCAGUUGUGAUGGUGAUGGUUGUGGGUGGGGGCUGGGGGUUAGACAUAAGAAAAUAAUAGAAUUUCUUUUUUUUUACAUAAGUACAAAAAUAAAGUUUACACCAUUAAUAAUUAAACAAGCAAAUAAACUAACUGAUCACAAAAUUUCAUGAGAUUAAUAUUAACCCUUUGUUGUCAUCAAUCAACUGAUCACAACAUUUCAUGAUAUUUAUAUAAAAUUUUUGAUGUCUUUAACCAACUGAUCGCAACAUUUCAUGAGUUUUAUAUUAACCCUUUGAUGUCUUUCAGACUGAGUCCUCGUGGAGGUUGGCGCUGUCUGGAGUUGAAGAUUUAAACUUAAAUAACAUGUGGACUGAAGCUGUCGUCACACAACUGAGAGCCAGCACAAAUUAUGAAAUGAGGGUGGUUUCUGUCAAUAGACUUGGUGAAGUCAGGUCUGACAUUAUAAGGAUACAAACUACAGGUAGGAAAUAUCAGAUUAGUGGGGAACAAACUAAAGAUAGGUAAUGUUAAGAUUCGUGGGGUACACAAUGCAGGUAGGAAAUAUCAGAUUAGUGGGGUAGAAACUACUCGCAGGUGUGGUUAGAUUAGUGGGGUAUGAUAGCGAAAGUUAAGAUUAGAUUAAUGCGUUACGAACCACUGGUAGGUAAGAUUAGAUUAAUGGAAUAAGAAAGUCUCUAAAUAAUGUAUUUCCAAACCUUUUUAAGGCUGUGUCAUUUGUAGAAACUAUGUUCUCUCUUUUGAAACUAGGCAGUAUGUUAAAAUAAUGAAAAUAAUGAACUUCUCUUCAGCUGCUCCGGAAGAAUCUCUGAGUGCUGGUGCCACAGCUGGGAUUGUAAUAGCUGUCCUUAUCAUCAUCAUCAUUCUAGUGGUCGUCAUUCUCUACAUAUUUGUCUUCAGGAAAAGAUGGGGUAAGUCUGAUCUCUUGGGGGAUAACUAGUAAACAUUAGUAAGUCUGAUCUCUUGGGGGAUAACUAGUAAACAUUAGUAAGUUUGAUAUGGAGAGAAAAGUAAAAAAGGAUUUUAUGUCAAUUAACUGAUUAUAAAAAGUGUUGGACUGCGAUAAAGCUUUAAAAUAGAUUAAUUAGACACCAACAAUUUGUAUCAAUAUAACAAUAUAAGGUAAGCUUAAUAAUAAUUUUACAGCAUACAAAAGUUACGUUUCGGCACAUGCCUUCAUCAGUGCAACAAAAAGACAAUCCCCAGUCUAUACGAAUUUACCAAUAAUCUUAUCGAAACUAAUGUGGCUUUACAUACAUCAUGAUAAGCCCUAUAUAGACAAUACGUUAGCCAAUCGACUUGUGUGGCGCUUUGUCAAAAAAUUGUGGCAAUCUGAAUCUUUUAUAUUUUCUUAUUUAGUUUGUACAUAAUUUAUUUUUUGAAGAUUUUGCCAAAGUGGCGGUGACCAUCUUUCUUUUGAUUAAGAUCUGAGAUAAAGUUUCUUGGAAGACAAAAGAUUUGAACUGUGUUUAAACAAAAAGCUGAAACAAUUUUUCAUAACAACUCACACUCAGGGCUCAACAGUUAUUUAUACUGCCCAAUUAUGUGACGGAAGUCUUGCUGCAUAGUAAUUUUAAGGAACAACGAAAAACUCUAACAAGGAUUUUCAACACUGAAAAUAACACGUACGAUGAAUGAAAAAAAAAAAAAAAUCCACUUAUUUGGAUCAAUAAAAUUACAGCGUUAUUUGCUAUAAUUCUUUAAAAGAGUUUUAAACCACUGUUUGAACAAUGAGUCCAACACAAACAUUGCAACAUUUCUUAUUAAAUGACUUUUGGUCAAACAAAGCUCUGCAUUAUUCCUAAGCUUUGGUGACACAAUCACUUGCACUGCAACACAUAUGGUUGCUACAAUUAUCAGUCUAUAGUAGAGAUUAGAAUUACUUAAGAAAUGUGGCCAUUGCAGAGUCUUGAUAGCCACAAAUGGCUUACAAAAAAUGAAGCUAUAACCCACAGCAGCUAUUUCCCACAGCAGCUAUUGCCCACAGAAGCUAUUGCCCACAGCAGCUAUUGCCCACAGAAGCUAUUGCCCACAUAAGCUAUUGCCCACAGAAGCUAUUGCCCACAGAAGCUAUUGCCCACAGAAGCUAUUGCCCACAGAAGCUAUUGCCCAUAGAAGCUAUUGCCCACGUAAGCUAUUUCCCACAUAAGCUAUUGCCCACAGAAGCUAUUGCCCACAGCAGCAUUACAGGCUGGCUUAAUGAUAUUUUUUUCUUUCUUCUUUUCUUAUAUUGUAGCUCAAAAAAAGAAAACUGGAGACAGCAGGUAGGUCUUCAAACUUUGAUAAUGAUUGGCUGGUUUUAGAUAUCAAAGAACUGGGGGGUUUAGAGAUUGGCUGGUUUUAGAUAUCAAAGAACUAGGGGGUUUAGGGAUUGGCUGGUUUUAGAUAUCAAAGAACUAAGGGGUUUAGGGAUUGGCUGGUUUUAGAUAUCAAAGAACUAGGGGGGUCUAGAGAUUGGCUGGUUUUAGAUAUCAAAGAACUAGGGGUCUAGAGAUUUUCUGGUUUUAGAUAUCAAAGAACUAGGGGGUCUAGAGAUUGGCUGGUUUUAGAUAUCAAAGAACUAGGGGUCUAGAGAUUGGCUGGUUUUAGAUAUCAAAGAACUAGGGGGUCUAGAGAUUGUCUGGUUUUAGAUAUCAAAGAACUAGGGGUCUAGAGAUUGGCUGGUUUUAGAUAUCAAAGAACUAGGGGUCUAGAGAUUGGCUGGUUUUAGAUAUCAAAGAACUAGGGGUCUAGAGAUUGGCUGGUUUUAGAUAUCAAAGAACUAGGGGGUCUAGAGAUUGGCUGGUUUUAGAUAUCAAACAACUAGGGGUCUAGAGAUUGGCUGGUUUUAGAUAUCAAAGAACUAGGGGGUUUAGGGAUUGGCUGGCAAUGAAUGAUUUCUGUAUGUGCCACCUUGAUAAAUGACAGAAUUCUGAGUGUUUCAAGCACAACAUUGUUUUCUGUCCUGCUAAAAAAUGAAUGUAACAAAUUAAAUGUUACAUUCUGUGAUAGAAAAUCCACCAGCUCGUAGUCAUAAUUCCCAGGUGCUGCUCUGCAGGCGACAUGAUUUGCUCUCUGAUUAUUUGGUCAGCUUUUUAAAAUAGUUUUGAGGUUUUUUAAAAAAAAGGUUUUCUUUGGAAUCAAGGAGUGGUCUUUAUCGCAGGGAACGGCAGUUAAAAGGAAUAUCUUUUAUAUCUUCGGUCUAAUUCAAGACUUUGUCACUUCUGCCGUAUUGGAAACAAAGGAUCUGCCAUCUCAAAGACAAGUCAUCUACGGACAUUAGGAUUGUCAGCAGUCAUGGGAAAAGAAAACAAGAACUCUGUUUAACCCUUUACGGGGCAGACGUUCUUCCUCUUGCUAGGUCUGAACGGGCAACAUUUUUCCAGUUUUUAGUUUUAGGGUUACGUUGGUAAAAACAUCAAAUCUAAGUUGUUAGUGAACAAAUUUUUGUGAAAUAAAAAACAAAAUAAAGGAAAAUGAAUGGAGAUUUAUUAUUUUACUCCCAUAUUGCCAUUAAUCCUCAUAUGAACAGAAAUAUUUGCAAAAAACAGCAUAUUGUUUGUGAUUGAGUCAUCUAUUUACUAUUGACAAACACUGCCACGAAAUCGAAGUGUGUUGACACUGCUAACUACGAUGAUUUCACUAAAUUUACAUAUAAUAUUAAUAUCUAGUUCUGAUUUAUAGUCAAUUUUUGCACUUCAAUGUCACUUAAAUUGAAUCCAGUGAAAUAUCCGCUAUCACUUGAAGAAUCAUCAAAAUCCAUUUUAAAAAACAAAGCAUUAAAACCCCAAAACUACAAAAAAUUUCUAUGAAAUACUUGUAACUCACUGGCACCCCCUCUAUCAGCUAUCAGCAGAACCAGAUGUUAACAAUCGGAAUUCUCGCAAAGACUUGAAGAUCGCUUGUUUACAACACUUAGUUGUCACGGACGCUUUUGGACGUUUUGCCCUUUAAGUAGUAAAGACGUUUUUGGCCGCACUGCCCCCAAACAAGAAGCCAAGACUCUGUUCACAAUUUUUAAACUACAAUAAAUUGAUCAACAGUUAUUCUCACAUCACAAUUAUUCAUCGAAUGUCUUGCUAAAGACUCAUUUUUCAGUAACAACAAAUAACUCAGACAAAGACUUUCAAGACUGAAAACCACAUGUGCUGAAUGUCCAUAUCUUUGGAUCAACAAAAGCCUUUGAUCUUAUCUUAAGUAGCAGGGGUCAGAUCAGCAGGGGUCAGAUCAGCAGGGGUCAAAGCUUGUCUAUUAACAUGAAAGAAACAAGUGGGUUUAGGCCGUGUGGACAUAGUGUCCUCAAACUGUGGGUUAAUCUUUUUGAUAUUAGCGUACCACAUAAUAGUCAGGAGAAACACAUGAUCACAUGACGGCCAUGAGAAACACAUGAUCACAUGACAGCAAUGAGAAACACAUGAUCACAUGACAGAAAUGAGAAACACAUGAUCACAUGACGGCCAUGAGAAACACAUGAUCACAUGACAGCAAUGAGAAACACAUGAUCACAUGACGGCCAUGAGAAACACAUGAUCACAUGACAGCAAUGAUAAACACAUGAUCACAUGACGGCCAUGAGAAAUACAUGAUCACAUGACAGCAAUGAUAAACACAUGAUCACAUGACGGCCAUGAGAAACACAUGAUCACGUGACAGCAAUGAGAAACUCAUGAUCACAUGACGGCCAUGAGAAACACAUGAUCACAUGACGGCCAUGAGAAACACAUGAUCACAUGACAGCAAUGAGAAACACAUGAUCACAUGACAGCAAUGAGAAAUACAUCAUUGGUGCCUUUAUUUUUCAUGUGUUAAAAUUGUGUCGUCUGCAGCACUUCAAGCUCCAAAUUGCCGGCAAGAAUCAACACAUUCCUCAACAGCUUUAAAAGAACUGACUCCAAACCAGCAAACGGUGCAGGUAACAUAAUUCUUUUGAACUUAAGACAUCAGAUCCUGGUAUUAGGAAAAGGGUAGAGUGAAAAUAUGAAAAGGGGGGGGGGGGGGGGGGGGGAGAGACCAGUUUUGUAUUUAAUACAAUGUUGAAAUAAAAUCUUUUAAAAGUUAUUUAAAAGUAGUAUAAAUUAUAAUAUGAAAUUACAGGCACAGACAUGAAAUAUUUAUAAAAAUAAAAUUCAGAUGGGUUGUGUAGUGUGAUGUAUGUGUUGCUUGGUUGUUGAUGCAUGUUGUUGAUCCUGUUCUUUGCAGCCAUAUCCAGCGAUGCACCCAAGCGUACACCAAUAUAUAAUCCAAAAAGAAUUUUUAAAAAGUAAGAACCUUAAUAUUCAUUACGUGAUAAAUUGUUUUAUAUUUUUAUUUUAUGCUUUUUUACUUUAGGAUAUUUUUAUUUUAAUGCUAAAAUUAUAUUUUGUGAUAUUUUUAUUUUAAUCAUGGCAUGUCAAGUUUAAAACACUUCUGAUGUAACCAAUAUUUUUUUUUACUAGCCUCACAGUUUUAAAAAAAAUUAAGGGGCUUAAUUUAAGAGUUUUUAUAAUAUUCUUUCUAUUUUUAAUCUAAAUGAUCAAUGCACUAACAUAUUAUUUCUAUGUGUACCAAAAGGACAAAACCCAAUCCAAAGAAAGGAAGUGAAUACCCCAACAGGCGGCAGUCAGGUAGGACAAUUCAUGUAGAUCUGAGUAGUGUCCCUGCUGUAAGAGAAGAAAAAAAAGAAUAUCCACAUGAUAAAAAAAUGGUCCUGUAUUUUAAUAUUUACUAACAGCAAUGGAAGUGUGGGUACAUGUGACAGCAAUGGAAGUGUGGGUACAUGUGACAGCAAUGGUAGUGUGGGUACAUGUGACAACAAUGGUAGUGUGGACAACAAUGGUAGUGUGGGUACAUGUGACAGCAAUGGAAGUGUGGGUACAUGUGACAACAAUGGUAGUGUGGGUACAUGUGACAGCAAUGGUAGUGUGGGUACAUGUGACAGCAAUGGUAGUGUGGGUACAUGUGACAGCAAUGGUAGUGUGGGUACAUGUGACAACAAUGGAAGUGUGGGUACAUGUGACAGCAAUGGUAGUGUGGGUACAUGUGACAACAAUGGUAGUGUCAACAUCAGUACAUAAUGUACAAGUUGGUUUGUUAAAAUGGCAUUCUCUACUCUCUUGCAGAUGAUGAGAGUGACGACGGGAACUAUGUGAAUGACCCUGACCUUGUUGAGGAUGGUGAAUACAUUAACACUGACUUGAGAAGACCAGAGCAUGACAGAGGUAAACACAUUGAAUACAUUGUCAGUUUAAGAUCAUUUAGAGCAGCGGUUCUCAACCUGUGGGUCGCGAGACCCUUUUCCAGGGGUCGCCUAAGACCAUCAGAAAACACUUAUGCUCUACAGUUAUGAAGUAGCAACAAACACAAUUUUUGGCUGGGGGGUCGCCACAACAUGAGGAACUGUAUGAAAGGGUCUCGGCAUUGGGAAGGUUGAGAACCACUGAUUUAGAGCAUCAUUUAAGCAUGGUUGGCAGAACAUUGUCUCUAGCAUUGUCUGUCUCUAGCAUUGUCUGUCUCUAGCAUUGUCGGUCUCUAGCAUUGUCUGUCUCUAGCAUUGUCACAAGUGCUGUUGGUUUGAUCCGCAUUCUUGAAUAGACUAAAAUUUUCAAGGAUGAUGGUUUGUCGUACUACUAGUGAAUGAGUCAAUAGUCAUAACAGUAGGAGACAAAGUCACAGUCAUAACAGUAGGAGACAAAGUCAUGGUCUUAAAAUUAGGAGACAAAGUCAUGGUCAUAACAGUAGGAGACAAAGUCACAGUCAUAACAGUAGGAGACAAAGUCAUGGUCGUAAAAUUAGGAGACAAAGUCACAGUCAUAACAGUAUGAGACAAAGUCAUGGUCAUAACAGUAGGAGACAAAGUCAUGGUCAUAACAAUAGGAGACAAAGUCACAGUCAUAACAGUAGGAGACAAAGUCAUGGUCGUAAAAUUUGGAGACAAAGUCACAGUCAUAACAGUAGGAGACAAAGUCAUGGUCGUAAAAUUAGGAGACAAAGUCACAGUCAUAACAGUAGGAGACAAAGUCAUGGUCGUAAAAUUAGGAGACAAAGUCACAGUCAUAACAGUAGGAGACAAAGUCAUGGUCGUAAAAUUAGGAGACAAAGUCACAGUCAUAACAGUAGGAGACAAAGUCAUGGUCGUAAAAUUAGGAGACAAAGUCACAGUCAUAACAGUAGGAGACAAAGUCAUGGUCGUAAAAUUAGGAGACAAAGUCACAGUCAUAACAGUAGGAGACAAAGUCAUGGUCGUAAAAUUAGGAGACAAAGUCACAGUCAUAACUGUAGGAGACAAAGUCAUGCUCGUAAAAUUGGGAGACAAAGUCACAGUCAUAACAGUAGGAGACAAAGUCAUGGUCGUAAAAUUAGGAGACAAAGUCAUGGUCAUAACAGUAGGAGACAAAGUCACAGUCAUAACAGUAGGAGACAAAGUCAUGGUCGUAAAAUUAGGAGACAGAGUCACAGUCAUAACAGUAGGAGACAAAGUCAUGGUCAUAACAGUAGGAGACAAAGUCAUGGUAGUAGGAGACAAAGUCAUGGUCGUAAAAUUAGGAGACAAAGUCACAGUCAUAACAGUAGGAGACAAAGUCACAGUCAUGACAGUAGGAGACAAAGUCGCAGUCAUAACAGUAGGAGACAAAGUCACAGUCAUAACAGUAGGAGACAAAGUCACAGUCAUGACAGUAGGAGACAAAGUCACAGUCAUAACAGUAGGAGACAAAGUCACAGUCAUAACAGUAGGAGACAAAGUCAUGGUCGUAAAAUUAGGAGACAAAGUCAUGGUCAUAACAGUAGGAGACAAAGUCACAGUCAUAACAGUAGGAGACAAAGUCAUGGUCGUAAAAUUAGGAGACAGAGUCACAGUCAUAACAGUAGGAGACAAAGUCACAGUCAUAACAGUAGGACACAAAGUCACUGUCAUAACAGUAGGAGACAAAGUCACAGUCAUAACAGUAGGAGACAAAGUCACAGUCAUAACAGUAGGAGACAAAGUCACAGUCAUAACAGUAGGAGACAAAGUGACAGUCAUAACAGUAGGAGUAUAAUUUCUAAUACUGUGAGGGUGAAUAAAAUCCUUGGCCACGUUUAGACAUCCUCCAAACUGUAACUUUUUAGGACAUGGAGAAAUUUCCUGUUGUGUAACAAUUACAUUGAUGAAAUUUUGGUGUUAUCUGACACAGUGACACACUCCCCCAAUCAAUACAUGUGUCAGUCAUUCCUCUAUUUCUGUUUUUGUUGAAGAUGAAGACUAUGCCAAUGUGUCAUACAGCAACAAUGCAGAUGGAGAUAGGAGACCUGUACUUGGCAAAGACAAGGUAAAUAAAGAACUGCUCAAAAUAUGGCCAUCAUUUAAUCUUUGAUGGCAAAGUUUUUCUAAUGUAUCAAAUAAUUUGUUCCUAACUCAAAUGCUGCUAGGUUGUGCAAGUGGUUCUCCCAUGUUGGUCCAAAAAUAUCCGGUGCAAUUUGGCUUACCAAUAGUCAUGAUUUCUCAAUACAUGUAUUUCUGGGAAUAACACAUAUUUUGUCAUUUCUUGGAAGUACGUCACAUGGCAAUGUCUAAAAAUCCACUCAAGGCCACAUGCCAACUAGUAACCACAUGCCAACUAGUAACCACAUGCCAACUAGUGACAACAUGCCAACUAGUAACAACAUGCCAACUAGUGACCACCUGCCAACUAGUGACAGAAUGCCAACUAGAGGCUUCUGCAUAUAGUUAUUACAAAUUAAUCUAUUUCUUUGCGCAAGAUAAGCUCAAGAAUUCUUGUCUUGAAUUGAAAACAUUGUUUAAAAAGUUUGUAAUAUUUUGUUGCUCCCUUGUAAGGAGGCUGUGGUUUUCCCUAGGUGAGUGGCGCACACUUUAUGAAACUCGGGGAUACAAUUGAAGUGUGUCUGAUGAUGUUAUUACAUUUUUGGAUCAAUUAAAACAAAAAUAAGCACACAUUAAUUUCUUCAUCACUGCUAAUCUAAAACAAUGGAAGAUAUGGUCACAAGAACUACUCUAUUGAUAACAAGAACUAGAAUAAUGAAAACAAAAACUAGAAUAUUGAUAACAAGAACUAGAAUAUUGAUAAAAAGAGCUAGAAUAUUGAUAACAAGAGCUAGAAUAUUGAUAACAAGAACUAGAAUAUUGAUAAUAAGAGCUAGAAUAUUGAUAACAAGAACUAGAAUAUUGAUAACAAGAACUAGAAUAAUGAAAACAAAAACUAGAAUAUUGAUAACAAGAACUAGAACAUUGAUAAAAAGAGCUAGAAUAUUGAUAAAAAGAGCUAGAAUAUUGAUAACAAGAGCUAGAAUAUUGAUAACAAGAACUAGAAUAUUGAUAACAAGAACUAGAAUAUGGAUAACAAGAACUAGAAUAUUGAUAACAAGAACUAGAAUAUUGAUAACAAGAACUAGAAUAUUGAUAACAAGAACUAGAAUAUUGAUAACAAGAACUAGAAUAAUGAAAACAAAAACUAGAAUAUUGAUAACAAGAACUAGAACAUUGAUAAAAAGAGCUAGAAUAUUGAUAACAAGAGCUAGAAUAUUGAUAACAAGAACUAGAAUAUUGAUAACAAGAACUAGAAUAUUGAUAACAAGAACUAGAAUAUUGAUAACAAGAGCUAGAAUAUUGAUAACAAGAACUAGAAUAUUGAUAACAAGAACUAGAAUAUUGAUAACAAGAACUAGAAUAUUGAUAACAAGAACUAGAAUAUUGAUAACAAGAACUAGAAUAAUGAAAACAAAAACUAGAAUAUUGAUAACAAGAACUAGAACAUUGAUAAAAAGAGCUAGAAUAUUGAUAACAAGAGCUAGAAUAUUGAUAACAAGAACUAGAAUAUUGAUAACAAGAACUAGAAUAUUGAUAACAAGAACUAGAAUAUUGAUAACAAGAUAGAGUAGAAAAAAGAAAAUGAAAACAUUAAAAAAAGUUGUUCUAUUUACACAAUUUAAAAAUAAAAUUGGGGGAGGGUGGGUGGGGGCAAUUAAUAAUUUCUUCCAAUGUUUAGACUAGUUAUAACAAGUGAUAAAAUUAUUGCGUGACCUUAUUAAUCAAAUUAUAACAUGUCUAUUAUCAAUGAAAUGGAUGUCCCCUUUCAAUAUGUUUAACAUUACCCCUGACUUAACAACAUGAAUCUCUUGUCUAUAGUUUUACUUAUCAUUGGGACUUCAGUUUAAGAAACAACAUGAAUCUCUUGUCUAUUCUUUCACUUAUCAUUGGGACUUCAGUUUAAGAAACAACAUGAAUCUCUUGUCUAUUCUUUCACUUAUCAUUGGGACUUCAGUUUAAGAAACAACAUGAAUCUCUUGUCUAUUCUUUCACUUAUCAUUGGGACUUCAGUUUAAGAAACAACAUGAAUCUCUUGUCUAUUCUUUCACUUAUCAUUGGGACUUCAGUUUAAGAAACAACAUGAAUCUCUUGUCUAUUCUUUCCCUUAUCAUUGGGAAUUCAGUUUAAGAAACAACAUGAAUCUCUUGUCUAUUCUUUCACUUAUCAUUGGGACUUCAGUUUAAGAAACAACAUUAAUCUCUUGUCUAUUCUUUCCCUUAUCAUUGGGAAUUCAGUUUAAGAAACAAAGUUGGAAAAAAGAAAAUUUGUCAUUAAAUGAGAAUUAAAAAGAAAUAUUCAACCAUAAAUUUUGUUGUUUUUUUUACUCCACUAUUUUUUUUCAAUUAUGUAACCUAAAGAAGUCUUUAGAUAAUGUAAGAAAAUCAAAUGCACACCUGUACCAAGAUUUACGAAACAUUUCGACAACCCCUGUUUGUUACUUCUUUUCACAGGAUGAAAAAGGACUGGUCUACGUCUCGGUAGAUUUCCAAGGUGAGAAACCAGGUAAAAAGGAGAAAAAGAAGAAAAAAGAUGGGCUGCGCAAAAAGACAGAACGUGACAGAGUCGAAUACACAGACAUUGACUUCCAGAAGACCCAAGAGCUUAGAGAGCAGAUGCUGAGGAGCACAGACGACGGGGACUUAGAGAAGGAUCCGAACACAGAUGAUUACGGGGAUGAGGCCGCCGAAGAUGGCGAUGUUAAACAACCAUUAAAUAUGCCAGAAGCUGCUGUGGGGACUGCGGUAUAAGCCGUCAUGGAAUGUCAUGGAAAACCUACAGAUAAUUUAGUGAGUCCAUUGUAAAGCUCUACAGAGUGCCAGUGUACAUAUAGUUUUUAAAAAUAAUGUUGAAUACUAGUGAGCUGAUGUGGAAAGAAUGUAAUCUCUUCUGUGUUUAUUUUUAAAACCAGAUACCAAUAGUUCAUUUGUUUUGUCUUUUAUGCUGAUUCUGAGAUUAAGACAGAAAUAUUUUAAAUGUCAUAUAUUCAUAUACAUAUGUUUUAUUGUGAGAUGAAGAAUUUGAACAGUGUCAUCAUAAAUUGCUGUACUUACUCCCAACUGUCAAUAUUGAUUUUAAAAAUCAGCUUUUACGCUCUGUGUCCUGAAUAAAGCUGUCGAUAAUGCUGGAUGGCAGACUUGGCAGCUUAUUGGUGUGCUUAAAUACAUAACACCUGAUAUGUCCACAAUCAUCACCACAAAUAUGUCCACAAACAUCACCACAAAUAUGUCCACAUACAUCACCACAAAUAUGUCCAAAAAUAUCACCACAAAUAUGUCCAUAAACAUCAUCAUAAAUAUGUCCAUAAACAUCACCACAAAUAUGUCCACAAACAUCACCACAAAUAUGUCCACAAAUAUCACCACAAAUAUGUCCACAAACAUCACCAUAAAUAUGUCCACAAACAUCACCACAAAUAUGUCCACAAACAUCACCACAAAUAUGUCCACAAAAGUAAAGUUUACACUUUUUUUUGGGUUAUUUCUGUAAACAGGGUGUUUAAUUGGCUCAAGUGAACCACAGAUGAAUUCUCAC